AGAAAAUCACAUAAUUGUCACUGUCAUUACUGAAAUUUUCCAACAGAAAUGAGUAUCUUCAAAAUAUUACCAAUCUUAUCGCGUUUAAAUUCUAGUACGCCAAAGCUUGCGUACAUAAAACGCAAGCUACAUUUCUCUCAGUCCAAAUAUAGGCAAACAAGUCAAGAUUGUUGCGUCUACCCCCCUCAACCACCAUCCGGUGGUUACAAGGCCUACAAAUUCCUGUUCUGGAUAGCAGCCAUGCCGGCCAUCAUAGGUAUGUCCCUAUAUAACUACAGGGAGUAUGAACACAAGAAAAAAUGCUACCAACGACCACCUUUUGUUAAAUACAGCUAUCUCUACAAACGUGACAAGAACUUUCCUUGGGGGGACGGAAACCAUACGUUUUUUCAUAAUAAAGAGAAGAACGCUCUUCCCGAAGGGUACGAAGAUUGAUUUCGGCUGUUGUUGCUAAAAUUUUUACAAGAAACAAUACUUUUUCAAUAAACUAGUCCUGCCA